UCAGCAUCCCCUAGACUCGUAGGCUGCUAAGAGGCGGCUGGUUUUCUGGCUGCUUUUCCCCCGGACAGGUGCCAUGUUGCGGAUCUUAUCUCACAGCAACUACUAGCCUACGGUAGUUCUCUCCUGCUGUAACCGUGCGUCUCGAUUUCGUGCAAGAGACGCGAACGCAAUGGCAGGACCGCGAACCACGACGGCAGAGAAGACCGGCCGAUCGAAUGCCAAUCCCAUGGCCGAGAAAACUCAAGGACCGGCUGGUCGAUCUCUGACCGUCGAUGCGAUCCAGCGCGAUCGCUUGAUGAAGAUCGCAGCCGUCAAUUGGUUGAAAUCCGAGAGCUCGCUUCCCCAUUCUCGAGUAGUUGCGGCUGAGAAGUCGGUAGACGGGAUUCUCGGAAAGGCACCCAAACCUGCCAGCUCGGUUAGGUUCAACCCGGAUCUGGUUCGGAAAAUCUACCGGGGAGAUCUGAUGGUGACACGUGGCAGGAAGCCGGUGCCGCUGCAGCGGGUGAUGGUUUUGGAAGUCAGCCAGUACUUGGAGAAAUACUUAUGGCCGAAUUUCGACCCGGAGGCGGCGUCCGUGGAGCACGUGCUGUCCAUUAUUCUCAUGGUCAAUGAAAAGUUCCGGGAGAACGUGUCGGCGUGGGACUGCUUCCAGGCUCGCGCGGACGUCUUUCCCGCCUUCUUCAAUCGAGUCCUUGCCCUCAAGGACCCCAAGCGAAAGGCCGGAAGCAAGCGAGCUCGGCAGGAGGAGCAGGAGAAAGGGCAGGAGCAGGAGCAGGGGCAGGGACAGGGGCAGGAGGAUGAGGAGAAGGAGAAGGAGAAGGAGAAGGAGAAGGAUCAGGAGAAGGAGCAGGCGUCUGCAGAGCAGGGGUCUGGUGGUGAUACAGCUACUGAAGCAGCCGAUGAUGCAGCUGUUGGUGCAGCUGUUGGUGCAGGUGUUGGUGCAGGUGUUGGUGAGGGAAAACCGGUGGCGAUGGAUGGUGGAGGAGAGAAAGCAACGGCCGAGGAGGAUGAAGGGGACGCAGCAGAGGGGGAGGCGAAGGCGGAGGGGAAGGCUGGGCCGGCUGGUGGGGAGGAGUACGAGCUGAGCGUCUACGAGCGCGUGAACUACAUCGUCUUCAUCAUCCACUGCUUCCAGUCCCUGGAGAACCCUCUGGUGCGCGCGUGCGUGCUGCCGCUGGUCUCCUUGCCUCUGUGGCACGCGCUCUCGCCCGCCCGCAGGGAGCGCGAGCUGCACCCCCACGCGCACCUGCAGGGCCUGUGGGAGCGCCUGCUGAAGCGAGACGCCAAGAACAGGGCGGCCAGACUGGCUGCUGUUGCGGAAGGGGGGGGGAGGAGGGCGGAGGCGGAGGCUGCUGAGAGGAGGGACAGGCGGAGUGUGCGGUUCCUACCUGGGCUGAUUCUGGAGUUCUUUGCUGUGCUGGAUGAGGUGGUGGAGAAGGGGCCGGAUUACGAGGACGAUCAGAGUGAAUCAGCAGGGGUGCUCCUAGAAAGAGCAGUGGACCAGCCUCGCCUGCUAUUCUGCGAGCGCUUCCUCGAGCUGCUCAUCGACCUGCUCAGCCAGCUGCCCACCCGAAGGUUCUUUCGUCCUGUAGUCGACGACAUGGCUGUUGCCGCCCGAUGCCGGCUCAGCCGCCUGUACCGGCACCCGCGCGGCCGUCUGUUUGUGCAGCUGGUGGAUCUGCUGCGGUUCUAUGCUAGAUUCCAAAUGGACGACCACGCCGGGCGGCAACUGGACGAGGAGGAGGUGGACAGGGAGCACUGCGCUCGGGUGUCUGCCCUGCAGCUGUUCCUGUUCAACAAAGUUCCAGAGCUGCGUGACGUAGCCCUGACCAACGUGGGCAGUGUGGAGCAUGCUGACGGCGUCCGCAAGUGGAUGGCGCGACUCACAGACGAGCAGCUGGCCGAGCUGGUGCUUAAUAAGCUGAAGCUUCUCUCCAGGGCGGGCCUCCCCUACCGCCCUCCACGCCGCCUGCUCUCCUCCAUCCACCGCCCCAAACCCCCCAAAGCGGACGAUAUGGCCGGGGGCGAGCAGCAGCGAAUGGCAGUGGAGGGGGAGGAAGAGGAGGAGAAGGAAUGGGAGAGGGAGAGGGAGAGGGAGGAGGAAGAGCAGGAGUGUUGGUCACAGGAACGCGCGGUGCUCUUCCAUCGCCUGCGACCAUUCCUUGAGGAGGUGGUCGUGACCUUCUUCGAGAAGCGGCGCUCGCAGCAGGCGGCACUGAACGCGCUCCCCCUCUACCCCAAUGAGGACGUCAUGUGGGACGAGAGCCUCAUCCCCAGCGUGAACUACACUGGUGAGGGCUGCCUCGCGCUGCCGAAACUCAACCUCCAGUUCUUGACGCUCCACGACUACCUUCUCCGGAAUUUCAAUCUGUUUCGGCUCGAGUCGACGUAUGAGAUUCGGGAGGAGGUGCACGAUGUGCUGAAGAGGAUGGGGGCCAGGGGGAGUAUGUAUGGGAGCGUGGAGCGAGACACAGAGUUUACCGGGUGGGCCAGGAUGGCGAUUCAGAUCUCAUCGUUCCGCAUCGUGGAGGUUAAGGCGCCGCUAUUAGGCGAGGUGCAGCCGGCGGCGGUUCUAGCGGAAGUGGAGUACUCUAUAGGGGGGUAUAAGGCCGCUAUGCGGAGCGAGUGGGAGGAGAUCAAAGAGCACGAUGUGCUUUUCCUCCUGGGGAUUCACCCGGAUGAGAUCGCCCUGCAAGCCGCGGCUGACGCUGCUGCUGCCCAGGCAGCGGCACAGGCGAAGCGUGAGUCAGGGGAGGACGGAGCCGAGGAGGAAGAAGCAGCGGCCGAUGCUGCUGCGGUGGUGUCUUCGCUGUCGAUUCCGCAGAGAUACGGGCUGCGGUACGUGCGGGGGUGCGAGGUGAUAGAGCUCAGAGACGAGGACAAUAAGCUGAUGAACGACUUCUCAGGAAGGGUGAAGCGGGAGGAGUGGAAACCGCCCAAGGGGAACAAGCGCACGGCUCUAGUCGCCCUCGACCCGGCCCAGUUCCAGCUGGACUUAGAAGCAAACGGCGGGACUUUAAGGGGUGCGCAGAACGAGGUUUACUCGGCUUUAAAUGUGGUUAUGAGGAGGAAGCCGAAGGAGAACAACUUCAAGCCGAUUCUCGAGUCGAUCAGGGACCUGAUGAAUGAGGAGGCGUCGGUGCCAGCCUGGCUACAUGACCUGUUUCUGGGGUAUGAUGACCCCGCGGCUGCCAGCUGGCGGCGCAUGCCUGCUGAGCUGGUGCCAUGGCGGCUGGAGGUGGUUGAUUUCAGGGAUACGUUUGUGGAUGCGGAGCAUUUGAAGGAGUGCUUUCCUGGGCACAAGGUGCGCUUUGUGGACGCAGACGGGUUUGAGAACCCCGACCCCCAGCCCCCCUUCCGUGUGACCAUCCCCAUGCCCAAGCUGCAAGAAGAGAGCCGCGGGGCAGCCGGGGGGAAGAAGAAAGGGCAGGCAGCGGCGGAUAAGGGGAAGGGGAAGGGGAAGGGGAAGAAGGGGGCGAAGGGGAAGAAGAAGGGGAAGGGGAAGGGAGGGGAGGAUGAGAAGGGUGGGGAGAACGAGGUGGGAGAGCAGAUGGAGGUGGAUGGAGACAAGGGGAGGGAAGGAAACGGGGGAGAAGGGGCUCCACAGCAGCUGCCACAGGGAGAGCAGCGCGAGCAGGGCGAGCAGCAGGAGGGGAAGAAAGAGGAGGAGGCGGGGGAAGAGAGUGUGGUGAUUGCUGAGUCUGUGCCGUUGCCUGACCCGGGGCCCUAUCCUCCCGGGAAGCAGAAGAAGAAUCACGUCCGCUUCACACCCACCCAGUUGGAUGCCAUCAUCAGUGGAGUGCAGCCCGGGCUGACAAUGAUUGUGGGGCCGCCCGGAACCGGCAAGACAGACACUGCAGUGCAGAUUCUGCAGGUGCUCUACCACAACUGCCCGGAUCAGCGCACUCUGGUUAUCACCCACUCCAAUCAGGCUCUGAACGACCUUUUUGAGAAGAUCAUGGAGCGGGACGUGCCAGCGCGCUACAUGCUGCGGCUGGGCAUGGGCGAGCAGGAGCUGAGCACGGAGCAGAAGUUCAGCCGCAUGGGGCGCGUCAACGACAUGCUGGCGAGACGCCUGGAGCUGUUGGCAGAGGUGGAGCGCCUGGCAGUGACUCUUGGGCGGCCAUCUGACAUGGCGUACACGUGUGAGAGCGCUGCUUACUUCUGGCUGCUGCACGUGCUUGCCAGGUGGGAGGCUUUUGUGGCAAAGUGCGAGUCGGUCCGUGAUGCUGCUCCUUCUGAGACCACGCCUGCUGCACCACCUGCCGCUGACGCUGCUGCCACUGAUGCUGCCGCUGCCGCUGCUGCCACUGAUGCUGCUGCUGCCGCUGCUGCCUCACCUUCUGCUGCUGACGGUGCUGCUGCUGCAGCAGCAGAAGCAGCUGAGAAAGCCACUGGGGACGUGUCAAUGCAAGAUGCUGCUGCUCCUACUGCUGGUGCUGACAGCGCUGCGGGUGCUGCUGCCACUAGUGGCAGUGGUGGAGGUGGUGCUAGUGCUCCUGCUGCCAGUGGUGCUGCUGCUGCGGCUGCGGCUGCCAGUGGGGGGGGCAGCACGGCGGCGAGCAUAGUGAGGGACACCUUCCCCUUUACGGAGUUCUUCCAGGAGGCGCCGGGCUUUAAGAUGACGGGGGGGUCGUACGCGCAGGACAUGCGCACAGCAGAGAGCUGCUUCGAGUACCUCAAGGGCAUGUUCGAGGAACUGGAGGAGUGCCGCGCAUUCGAGCUGUUUAAGACGACUGCAGACCGCUCCAACUACCUGAUGGCCCGGCAGGCCAAGGUGGUGGCGAUGACGUGCACGCAUGCGGCACUCAAGCGCCGCGACUUCCUGAACCUGGGCUUCCACUUUGACAACCUGCUCAUGGAGGAGUCCGCGCAGAUCCUCGAGAUCGAAACCUUCAUCCCCAUGCUGCUGCAGCGCCCCGACGGGCCCACCAGAACCGUUGGUGGCAGCAGCAGUGGCAGCGGUAAUGGUGGUUCUGGUGCUGCUGAUGCUGCUGGUGGUGGUAGGCAGGGCGGCAAUUCCUUGUCUUAUUCCCGGCUGAAGCGGUGCAUUCUGAUUGGCGAUCACAACCAGCUGCCGCCCGUGGUGAAGAACAUGGCGUUCCAGAAGUACUCCCGCAUGGACCAGAGCCUCUUCACCCGCUUUGUCCGCCUCGGAGUGCCCUACAUCGAGCUCAACGCGCAGGGCCGCGCCCGGCCCUCCAUCGCACAGCUCUACAACUGGCGUUACCGGGAUCUUGGGGAUUUGCCCGUGGUGAAGACCCGGGAGGAGUAUGUGCAGGCGAAUGGCGGGUUUGCCUGGGAGUACCAGCUGGUCGAUGUGGGGGAUUGGAUGGGAAGAGGGGAGAGCGAGCCGAACCCGUGGUUUUACCAGAAUCUGGGCGAGGCGGAGUAUGUUGUGAGCGUGUUUCAGUACAUGCGGUUGAUGGGGUACCCGGCGGAGAAGAUAUCGAUCCUGACUACAUACAAUGGCCAGAAGCACCUCAUUCGGGAUGUGAUCGAGAGGCGGUGUGCGGCCAACCCUCGGUUCGGCCGUCCCAGCAAAGUGACCACAGUGGAUCGUUUUCAGGGCCAGCAGAACGACUACAUUCUCCUCUCCCUUGUGCGAACCCGCACCGUGGGCCACCUGCGCGACGUGCGCCGCCUCGUCGUCGCCAUGUCACGCGCCCGCCUCGGCCUCUACUGCUUCUGCCGCCGCUCUCUGUUUGAACAGUGCUACGAGCUGCAGCCGACGUUCCAGCUGCUGCUGCAGCGGCCGGAUAGGCUCGGGCUGGUGCUGGAGGAAAGGAGUGCGAGGACGGGGAGGAGGGCGGGGGAGGGUGGUGAGGGGGCGUAUUUGGUGGAGGGGAUUGAGGAGAUGGCGAGGCUGGUGGAGUGGCGCCUGCAGAUUGUGACGCAGCAGGAGUACAUUUUGCAGAACGUGCCAGGGGGCCAGCAGGAGGCAGCAUUCGCGCAGCAGCAGCAGGUGUGGAUGCAGCAGAUUCAGCAGAUGAAACACGCCCAGGCACAUGCGCAGGCACAAAUGCAAGCCCAGCCACAGAUGCAUGGCCAACCACAUGCGCAGCCGCAUGUGCACAUGCCAGCGCACUCGCCCAUGCACAUGCAUGCGCAUAUGCAGGCACAGAUGCAGAUGCAGAUGCAGCAGGCACAGGCACAUGCACAGGCGCAGGUGCAGCAGGCGCAGGCUGUAGCACAUGCAUACGCACAGGCCCAUGCGCACACACAGGCGCAGCUGCAGGUGCAGGAGCAGGCUCGGGAGAUGGAAAGGCGCGCUCACAUGGAGGCCCUAGCACGCUUGCAGCAGCAGCAGAGGCUGCAGCGGAGGCAGAACAGGAGCGGGAGAGGGAGGGGAGAGGAGGUGAAAGAGGAGGGGGGCGAGGAGGAAGAGGAGGACGAGGAGUGGGGAGAGGGUGAGGGAAUGGAGGGUGUGGAGGAGCAAGUGAGAGUGAAGGAGGAGUUACUUGAGGCAAAUGCAUCAGCAGCACCUGCUGCCGCAGUCACACGAGGGCCACCACCAGCAGCACCUGCGGGGCUGAUGCCACCAGCAGCAGCAGCAGCAGCACCAGCAUCAACAGCAGAAGGAGAACCAGCAGCAACACGAGGACCGCCACCUGCAGCACCGGCGGGACUGAUGCCACCAGCAGCAGCUGUAGCUGAAGCUGCAGCACCAGCAGAGGCACCAGCAGUAGCACCAGCAGCACCAGCUGUAGCACCAGCGGUAGCGUCGGCAGCACCAGCAGUAGCAGCAGCAGUAGCAGCACCGGCAGCAGCACCAGCAACACCAGCAGCACCACCAGCUGUAGAAGCCGCAGCACCAGCAACAACAGUGGCACCAGCUGCGCCUGCUGCUGCUGCAGGAGUGUCGGAAAGCGUGCGAGUGAAGACAGAGCUACUGGAACAAGCGAGGGAGGAGCCAGCAGCGGAGGAGCGGGCGGGGGAGGAGGAACAAGCAGCGGAGGAGCAGCGGGUGAAGGAGGAGCUCUUGGAGGAGGCAGAGAAUGAGGCGGCUCAGCAGCAUGUGGGGGUGAAGGAGGAACCAGCUGAGCCGGGGGCUGCUACUCCCCCUGGGGGAUCCUCUGACAGUGAAUGAUGCAGUUGCGGUAUGUGUGGAUCUGAGUCGUGAUUCAUUAACCAGGACCGGGGCUGUGAUGCUCCGCCGAGGAACAUCUUCAAGCACGUUUCCUAGCUGAAGGCCGCUGUUGUUUCUUUUACUGACUCCUGCACUCAGUCCAGACCAGUUCUGGUGCUCUUCGUGUGCUGCGUCUGGCCUGUUCUGCUCUUUGGGAACACUACUUGCUUGUGCAAAAUGCUGAGUAUUCCCUGAUCUCAACAUUGUGGCUGCUGCAGAACCCCUGGGUAAAUUUGUCACUCUCUACACUUCAGAGGAACCAGC